GUGUUUGGGAUUGUUGUGAUGGGAUGAGGCGGCCAUCUUGAUGAGAGGACGGCCGACUGGAUGUGCAACAAAACCAAACGCAAAUGUUCGCCGCCCUCCACCUCACUGCGGUUUAAAGGACUAUGGUCGUUCAACGUUUACUUUCGUCGCCACCUCCCAUUUGACUGCGAAACCACCAAGAUGGGUCAGCGUCGAGGCGACUGUUUAACUGGAUAAAUAUCGGACGAGGUCGGACGACGACCGCCGCAACAGCUCCUCUCUUCCCUCCUGUAUAUGGUUUACAUUUCUGGUUAAAGGAAUGACAAUGAAUGGAGGAUAAAUGUUGCCAAAGGCUGACAGCGGCAGUUUCGUCCUCUUCUCUCUGCUCUUUGUCCUCACGUUGACGGACCCGCCGCGGCCAGGUGCCCGGCUAGCGCUGGCAAGAUUAUUGUCAGAUCAGCGCUGCAGCCCCGGGCAGUUUGCCUGCCUCAGUGGGAAUGUGCAAUGUAUCCCCAUAACCUGGCAGUGUGACGGCUGGACGGCCUGUGAGGACCAGAGCGAUGAGAUGGACUGUCCCCCCAUAAAGGAAGAACGGUUUCGUUUCGGCCGGGGUUACGACCACGUGGAGGAUGUCAUUGGCGUGGCUCAGCCUGUGCGCUUCAAUAAGAAAUGCCCGAGCGGGUGGCACCACUACGAGAAGACGGCCAGCUGCUACAAGGUGUAUUUGCACAACGAGAACUACUGGCAGGCGGCCGACACGUGUCAGAAGGUGGACGGUUCCCUGGCCACCUUUGUCACCGACGAGGAGCUGCAGUUCAUCCUCAAGAUCGAGGUGGACUUUGACGACGAAGUGUGCAAGCUCAGAGACCAGUGCAAGUUCUGGGUGGGCUACCAGUAUGUGAUCACCAACCAGAACCACUCUGUGGAGGGCCACUGGGAGGUGGUUUAUAACGGCCCCGUGCAGGUGUUCCUGCCGCCCGACGGCCUCCCCAACCUGGGCGAGGCCAAUCAGGACAAUGUUUUCUGCGCCCAGCUGCAGCGUUUCCAGCUGAAGAGCAUGAACGAGCGCGGCCUGCACAGCUGGCAUGCCGAGAACUGCUACAAGGAGUUUCCCUUCCUCUGCAAACGUAAGCAAACGUGCGUGGACAUCAAGGAUAACGUGGUGGGCGAGGGCUACUACUUCACACCCAAAGGCGACGACCCGUGCCUGAGCUGCACGUGUCAUGACGGCGAGCCUGAGAUGUGCGUGGCCGCGCUCUGCGAGAGGCCGCAGGGGUGCCAGCACUUUCGCAAGGACCCCAAAGAGUGCUGCAAGUUCACCUGUCUCGAUCCAGAUGGAAACAGCCUGUUUGAUUCUAUGGCCAGCGGCAUGCGUCUGAUCGUCAGCUGCAUCUCGUCCUUCCUUAUCCUGUCCCUGCUGCUCUUCAUGGUGCAUCGCCUUCGACAGCGACGACGUGAGCGCAUCGAAACGCUCAUCGGAGGAAACUUGCAUCAUUUCAACCUGGGCAGACGCGUUCCGGGCUUCGACUACGGCCCAGACGCAUUCGGCACGGGGCUCACGCCGCUGCAUCUGUCCGAUGACGGCGAAGGAGGCGCCUUCCACUUCCAGGAGCCCCCGCCGCCCUACGCCGCUUACAAGUACCCUGACAUCCAGCACCCUGAUGACCCCCCGCCUCCCUACGAGGCCUCCAUCAACCCCGACAGCCUCCUCUACGUGGACCUCAGACACAGUGGCAUUCCAGUGUUGCCGGGCCACCACGUGACCACUGCGGUGGACGGGCUACAGCAGGCCCUCGACGCCCCUGCCGCCUCAAGCCCUGCGACGGUCUCCCAGGCACGGGAGGACUCGGUAGACAGCAGCACGCUCCUGGUGGGACCCGACACCCCCACCACGGACGGCCCGGCCGCCCUUGGCACCGCAACGCCGUCCGACUGUGCCUCGCCGUCCUGCCUCAGCACGGCCGUCUAAGACAGACAGACAGGACUUUUUGUGUAUAAAGAACACUAAUUUAAGGCUGCAUUUUUACUGAUCUCAUUGGUCCACACACCCCCAUGUCCCACCUCCAGGAUGUAAAUAAGUCCCUUGGGUAGGUGAACAUCUCACCCGAGCUAACGCCAUCGUGCUCCUGCUUCGACUCCAUUCAAUCUUACACUGUAUGGAUUUUGCAACACGGUACGUAUAAUUUACGCGUCCUUUUCUAUGGUUUUCGACAAAUGAAUGGUUGAUGUAGCUGGAACCUGAACGCAUCGUGAAAAUGAAAAUACUGUAUUGAAUUCUACCCAAAUCAUCAUUCAGACAAAAUUUCCCCCACCUUCUUCCUGAUGUCAUCUCCCUGUGGUUCCCCAUGUAAAAUCAUCAACUUCAUUAUGAAAAAAAUGUGAAUUAUUUUCCACAUAGAAAAAUGAUAGAUGAUGAAUUACCAUAUAAUAUUUUUAUUAUAUAUUAUAAUUUUUUUCUUGUGGGGAUGAACUAUCAUUUUGUUAAGCAUACAAAAUCAUAUUUUCCUCCCACAAGUUUAUUCCCCAUAAUUUUUUUUGUGUUGAAAUUACAACUGCAUUAGAAAUAUUUACACAUCAAAUUGUAUUUUCCCCCCCAUAAUAUGAAUUUUUGUGGUAAAAAAUGCUUUUUCGGGCAAUUAUCCAACUUUUGUGCAAACGAUAUGUUUAAUUCCCCCCAAAUCUGAUUUUUUUUUUUUUUUUUUAACCACCCAACUUCCUCUCGCUUGCUUGAUCUUUUUUAGGGGGGUUGGUGGGGGGCGGGGUAGACAAUCAUCUGCCCAUCAUCCAUUUCUGGUGAUGUGCUUGUUUUCCACACCAUUUAGUUUUGGGCCGUGACAAUCCCUCAGUGGAGUGCAUGUGUUUUCUUUUUAUUUAUGUUCUUUGAAGUCUCAUUUUUUGUACCGGGCCCCAGACAUGAAUCGGGGGACACAUACAAUUCCUAAAUUUAAAUUUGUAAUCAUGAAUAGGUAUCAUGGACCCAAAAUACAAAUUUCUUGACUCCCAUGAGCAACUGGCAUAUCUGGGUAAACAAAUGGAUCGUGCCCGGGCUAUGAACUGCACAUCCUCUCCUUUGUAAUGAGGUUGCGCUCAUUUUGCUUACCUAAUUGUCCAGGAAUGAUCAUUACAGAUCUUUUGUAUUUUGUGUGCACUUUAUAGAUAAUUUGUGGCCACAAAUUAGAGUUUAGUGAAUAAAUUAUAAACUAUUUCUUUUCCAACCCCGCGCUCCCACAAUGUUACGCGUGUUGCUACUUCUGCGGGCAUGCUGCGAUAGUUUUUCCUGUUUUCCAACACCACCCUGGUUUCUCUGGAUGCGAGCAGCGUAGUUUUCCCCCUUUUUUUUUUUAUUUGAGUUUUUAUUUUUCUUCCUUUUUUAAUGUAUUUUGUUUUGAUUCUUUGAUAGCCUUGAAAUGAAGCAAUGCUCUUGUUUGUAUAGCAGGUGUUUUUUCUCAACUAGAUGUAUUGUACGUCUAAUCAAAUGCCAAAUAAAUGAGACAAAUGAGACACCGUG